GUGAGAAAAUCCACCGCGUUUGUCCUUCUUGUGGACUGCAUGGAGCAGGAAACCUACACGGACUUAUUCCAAUAGAGGACUUAUUCCAGCAUGGCAGGAAAUGUUUCAGCUCAAGGUCCAACACCAACGAUUUUUGUUCCUAUCGCGGCUGUAAAGUGACUCGUUUCGACGGUGCUGCCAGGUAAGUUAGCGAGUCGUUGCCGCCCCGCCUUCAUUCGCUCUCCCGUUACACCGGUUACAAGUGGGUGGGUACGCGCGCGGCUCGAAGGGCAUAUGUUGCGUCCCGGUUGAGCUCUAGCGGAUUACCACGCGGGGGACUACCGAGAGCGCUCGCCUCGUAACUCCAGAGACGAUGUAACGGAACCGGCGAGCAAAGGACGGCGCACACGCCAAUCUGACCGGUACCGGUGGAGGGAACUAUGCCUGGCGCCGACACUGCGACGGAGAAAAGUUCACCCGAAGUUACCAGAGACUCCGAGGAAAUGGUCGAUCGGAUGGCUGACAGGAGCAGUCUGGCGCCCCCCGUAGACAUACAGCGUGGCGGCUCAGAGCCAUGCCUGAAGACAGAGGGCGACGGGAGCCAGCGCGAGGCCUGCCGGGUGCGGCUAGGGCUGAACAACCCGCAGCAGAAGGUACUGAAGGUGACGGAGCAGCUGCGCAUCGAGCAGGCCCUGCGCGACGCCAACGUGGCCGAGUACCUGAAGCUGGUUGGCAGCGCAGAUAAGCAGCAGGGCAGCCGCAUCAAACAGGUGUUCGAGAAGAAGAACCAGAAGUCAGCGAAGACCAUUGCGCAGCUGCAGCGCAAGCUCGAGCAGUACCAUCGCAAGAUCAAAGAGCAUGAGGCCGCCUCCGGCCCCGCCCCCAAUGGCACCAAGCACACCCAUGGCAAAGAUGGCAAGGAGACGUCUAAGGAGAGCCUGAAGGAGUGCUCCAAGGAAGGCAGGGUCCGGGGGAAUGGGCGGCAACCCCAUCUGGACAAGGUGAAGACGAUCGGGCCAGGCGUGUCGCUCUCGCCACCAUUCUUCUUCAACAAGUCGCGUGGCCUAGCCAGCCUCAUCCGCAACAAGUUCGGCAGCGCCGACAACAUCGCCCACCUGAAGAGCUCCAUGGAGACAGGGGGCGGGCUCCAGGCGGAGGGGGUGGGGCGGGUGCUGAGCGGCAGCGCCACUCUGACCAGCAAGCCAAAGUACCUGAGCGACGACGAGUGCUCGACGGGCACGUCCAUGUCGGCGGAGAGCAAUGGGCAUGGCAGAGACUCUGCCCACGGUCUGGCUGCGGUCAUCAGCGGGCAGGGCGAGGGUGCUGGCAGACUGGCCGAUGCCCUGGAGGAGGCGCAGGAGGUGAGGGUGGCACAGGUUCAGCUGGCCGAGGACAUCGAAGCCCUGAGGAGCCAGGUGAGACGUAACUACGGCUUCAUCACUCAAAUGCUACAGGACGAGCGAUACAGGUGUGAGCGGCUGGAAGAUCAGCUGAACGACCUGACCGAGCUACACCAGAACGAGAUGGCGAACCUGAAACAGGAGCUGGCCAGCAUUGAGGAGAAAGUAGCCUAUCAGGCCUAUGAGCGAGCCCGGGACAUACAGGAGGCGCUGGAGGUCUGCCAGACGCGCGUCAGCAAGCUGGAGCUUCAGCAGCAGCACCAGCAGCUCGUGCAGUUGGAGAGCGCCGAUGCCAGGGUGCUGCUGGGCAAGUGCAUCAACGUCAUGCUGGCCAUCGUCACGGUGAUCCUCGUGUGUGUCUCCACGGCAGCCAAGUUCACAGCGCCGUUGCUGCGCAGCCGGCUGCACGUGCUCGGCACUUUCGUAUGCAUAUGCUUGCUCGCGCUUGGUUGGAGCCACUGGGAGCAGGUGCAGUGCGCUGCUGAGCGCAUGCUCCUGGCCAGCUAAAGCGUGCGAACGUGUGUGUGUGCGUGUGUGUGUGUGUGUGCGUGUGUGUGCGUGCGUGUGUGUGCGUGUGUGCGUGUGCGUGUGCGUGCGUGUGGGCCGGGUGUUGGCAGGUGGGGAGUGAUCAGACCCUGAUUGACAAAAUGACACUGGAUAUCCGGAUCUGUCCGGCAGUCUUCACUACAGCCAGACAUUUGAAGGAUUAAAUGCUCCCAGUACUGUGGGUUUAAAUAAACUAGCAUGUUUGUGUAGGCGCGCGUGGGUGUGUGUGUAUUUAUCUGCUUGUCCGAACAAACGGGUCGAUUUUUUAAAAACUGUACUGUGUUAGCUGUUCUGAACCGAGUCCCUGUGUAGUUGUUUCAGAACAUCACUAAUAAUGCUCUAACGUCGAGUUCUGGUCACCAGAGUAAACAUGUUUAACUGUGCCUUCUGAGCACAGGCAUGCAGGGUGUGUUUGGGAGUGGGCGGAGUCAAAAGCUGAGCUCAUUAGGCUCAGGACGCACAUGGCCUCACCCACUGCCCCCCUGAGGGCUGCGCUGAUCAUGGAGUUUAAGCUUCUGAGCAAAUGGAGCUGAUUCUACUGUGCACAAAAAAGAAAAUAUGCUUUGUGUUGUUCUUAUUUGUUUAUUUGUUUUUGUUUAUUUAUGUGUGAUGAGGAUGCCUUUAUUAAAUAAGAGCACCAGAAGGAUGCUAAGCUAAAUGGACUUUAGGACUAUUUUACAUGACAAUUUUAGUAAAUAUUUUUAUAACUAUUUUUUUCCUUUUUCUGUUUCUUCAAUUCAGAAACCUUUUUGAGAAGACUGAGUAAUGUCCACUGCUCUGCAGGGCGUGUGUUGGUUUUUAUCAACAAAAUCGUAAACUGUCACUGUCACAGAAUGUCUCCCACACAGAUGUUUGUUUGUUUGUUUUUUUUAAGUGUAGAUGCUUACUGCAGAGCUAAAGGGAGAAUAACGAAAGAGAAAGCUGGUACAUCAGCCACCUCCCACUCCUAAGCAAAAUAUCUGCUUGAGAGCAGUCCAGCACCAAAGGACCAAAUUAGUGGUGGCAGGUGCCUUCCUGCAACCCCAAACCAUUACACCUGGUUCAACCAUUCCUGUUUGGGGUCGAGACUUAUCCAUAAGGACAGGGGAGAGCCGAUGACCACUGGGCUACAACCUACAGCAGUACCAGCUUGUGUAGCACAUGGAAACUAGUUAUCUAAUACCCUUGAAUUGACUGUUUCUGUCUAUUCCUGGUAGUUUCUGUACAAAUACUUUAAAUAUAUCAGGAGCACUACAGCCUCCCUGCAUUCUCCAGUCUGAAAGGAUUAUUAAAGGUAUUUACCUAAUCAUGUAUUCGUGCUGCAGUGUUGUAUAUUGAGUCUCGAAAAGAAUGUCGUUUUCCCAAAUAAAUGAUGCUCUUUUACAGCAAAUAUU